GAUUGACUGUAUUGACUAACUUCAAACCAGGAGACAUUAGAGCAAGUAUCAGGGUUAGAGACAAAAAAGAAUUCAUGAGAUGCAACAGAAUAAACCAGAAGCUAAUCUGAUCGUUUUAAGGCUUUAAGACUACAAUGAAGUCAUUAAUAUUUUGUAAGAUACUGCUCCUUGUGCUUCAUGUUCAGCAAGCAGUCUCUCAGAGCGUGCAGUGCUUCACUGAUUUUUCUCUGACCGAUGGAACCUGCAGUGAUGUUUUGGGGGACUUGCCACUUGAAGACUGCUGCAUGAACCCGCAGUACGGCUUUGUGGAAAGAGGGGCUUGCAAGUCUUGUAGGUUUGCUCAGUGGACUGAGUGGAGUCCGUGGGGCAGGUGCUCAGUAAACUGUUUGCAGGGAGUGAGGCAGAGGCGACGGGCUUGUUAUGGAAUUGGGAAGUGCCAGGACUUCAAUCAGCACGGCAGCAUCCAGACUGAGCCGUGUGAGGAAAGCAGCUGCUGCCCAGAAAACGGAGGAUGGUCCGAGUGGAGCCCAUGGUUACCAUGUUCAGUUACUUGUGAAACUGGAUUCACAUUGAGGAAACGGCUGUGCACUGAACCCCCUCCCAAAUGUGGAGGCACUUGCAUUGGACCCAGAGAAGAAAGAAGUGGUUGUGAUACAGGAGUUGUCUGCCCAACUCAUGGAGGGUGGUCUGAAUGGGGCAGCUGGGGUCCCUGUGCAGGAAUGUGCAAACAUGAGGGCAACAGUCCCCCCGAACAGCUUCGCCAUAGAACAUGCACAAACCCUCCACCAUCUGCAGUUCCUCCUGGAAAUGACUGCAAAGGUCCCAUCACUGACACCCAGCUCUGCCAUUCUCUACCCUUCUGUCCAGUAAAUGGAAGCUGGGGUGCCUGGUCAGAGCCCUCAGAAUGCUCUGUGACGUGUGGAGUGGGAAGGCAGACACAGCGUCGAAACUGUGACAGUCCUGCACCCAAACAUGGCGGCCUGUACUGCCAAGGCGAUGACACCACUAUAUCACUCUGUAAUACUAAUAAACACUGCCCAGCGCAUGGUCACUGGAGUGAGUGGGGUGAAUGGGGUGAGUGUCAGUCAACCAGCUCUAAAGAAAACAAAUGCAAGAAGAAACUGGGACAAUGGAGGAGAGUGAAAAACUGUUUGGGCAAGGACCACGGCGGUCAGGCAUGUCCAGGAGAGAGAGUGGAAUUUGGCAAGUGCUUCAACAUUAAGGACUGCCCCAUGACAGGCAUCUGGUCAGGAUGGAGUGAUUGGAGUUUCUGCAAACCUGACUGUGGAGAACAUUCCGUACAGAAAAGAGUGAAGACUUGUGUACCAGACAUCACAGGCUAUAGUAAUGCCGAUCUCAGCAUGUUCUCUGGAAAGCCCAAAAUCAAAUGUCCUCUCACAAAUGACACAGAGUCCAGACCAUGCUUCAAUGUUCCUGAAUGUUCCUGAGAGACCAUUUCCACACUUUAUCAGAUGAAGGCUUAAGAUCUAUGUUUUUAUGCCACUCGCUUGCAGCUUUGGUCUUUUUACAUUUUAUGUCAGGUGUGUUGUUAGUCUGCAUUUCUAUUUACCUCAGAAGCUUUGUACAUUAUGUCAAUAAAACAGUUGGCUAAAGACUUUGGAGUAUACCACAACUGGUUUGAUCUGGUUUUAUAUGGCAAUUCCAAAUAUGUCUCACAUUUUUAUGUCCCAGGUUAGUAUUGCUGACAUUGUCCCAUGUUAGCAUUGUUAGUGAUACUAGUUGAUAACGCAUUGUAUGGUAUUUUUCACCUCCACACACAAUGGUUUACGACUGAUUUUAUGAGACACAAACAGAUGAAGUUGUUUUGUAGGCUGGGUUUGUUAUCUAAGAGGUAACACUCAGAGGAGACCUGAAUGUGUUCAUUACACUGUGUACCUGUACUCAGAUGUAACUACAAUUAAAGCCUAUUUGCUUUUGACUUUGAUCUGCUCUUUGCUCUGUAAUCGACAACCAGUUCAUUAGUUUUGUGAAUAUUCAGGAAAUGUAUUGUUUGCACAUAAAGAACUAAUAAAGCUAGUUCAUCCUG